UGAGUCGGCACUGAGCUAGAAUUCAAAUGCGAUACUGUGUUUCCGCGUGUCGUCUCGUCGUGUUUUACUUGAAAAUUUGCAGAUUCGGAUUGUUCGUGUUUGUAGUUGUUUUUACAUCAAUUCAUAACUAACGAAAUGAUGAGUACACGAAGAAAUUAUAAGUACGUCAAAAAGUACAAUUUCCCAUCUACAAAACUUCGAAAUGUGUUUUGCAUACAGUGUAAACAUCAAUUCUUUUUUCAAGAAUUUGUUCCUUUACGUGGUGUAAUGCCUUUAUUAUUAAACUGUGGACACAUGAUAUGUGAUGAAUGUGUUAAAUCAUUUGCUAAUAAACCUUGCCCUAUGUGCAACGUAGUUUCACAAUGCGAUGAUAAUCAGGCAUUUUCAUUACCUUUAAACAUAUAUACUUUGGGACUGAUGGUUAUGUCGCAUAAUAGAUCAAUUAAUUCAGAUGAUUUAGAUAUUUCUUUCUCUAAACCUUCUGCAUCCAAACCAAAACAGCAAAGCAUGAAAGGUUUAUGUUAUGAAUGUGGAAUUCAAGCAACCAUAAAGUGCCAACAAUGCUCUGUUCUUUUUUGCCAUAUUUGUUACUCCAAGAUCCAUGGGAAGGCAUUACAAAAUCAUUCAAAGAUUAUGCUAACAGAGGAAAACAAUGAUAAUUCUUUCAACAUAAUAAAUACUUGCUCAGAACAAUGUUUUGAACCAGUAGGGUACUACUGCGAAAAUUGUGAAAUAUCUGGAUGUUCACAUUGUAUGAUAAAAUCUCAUAAAAAUCACAAUUACUUGUCAUUAAGCAAAAAGAAUAAUGAAUUAUUGAUGGAUUUCUACGACACAUUUGACCGUGUGAGUGAGAACCUGAAAAGAGUUCAGCAGGUGCAAAAGGUAAGUAGAUUUAUUUAUUUUUUCUACAGAAAAGGAAUCAUAAUGCAUGUAUAAUGAGUAAAAAUAUUCGCGUUAAACGAUAAAUAAAUAAUUUUAUUUUAUAUUCGCAACAAAGUGUUAAAUAGAAAUAUGAAAUUGAAAAAUUAAUUUGCUGCAAUUAAUUGUACAAACCAUUUUUUCAA